AUGGCUCCCGCUGUCGGUAUCGAUUUGGGUACCACCUACUCCUGUGUGGGUGUCUUCCGUGAUGACCGCAUUGAGAUCAUUGCCAACGACCAGGGUAACCGUACUACCCCCUCGUUCGUUGCCUUCACCGACACCGAGCGUCUCAUCGGUGAUGCCGCCAAGAACCAGGUCGCCAUGAACCCCCACAACACCGUCUUCGAUGCCAAGCGUCUCAUUGGUCGUCGUUUUACCGACGCUGAGGUUCAGGCUGAUAUGAAGCACUGGCCCUUCAAGAUCAUCGAGAAGGACACCAAGCCCGUCAUCGAGAUUGAGUUCAAGGGUGAGGCCAAGCAGUUCACCCCCGAGGAGGUCUCCUCCAUGAUCCUCACCAAGAUGCGUGAGACCGCUGAGGCUUACCUCGGUGGCACCGUCAACAACGCUGUCAUCACUGUCCCCGCCUACUUCAACGACUCCCAGCGUCAGGCCACCAAGGACGCCGGUCUCAUUGCCGGUCUUAACGUCCUCCGUAUCAUCAACGAGCCCACCGCCGCUGCCAUUGCCUACGGUCUUGACAAGAAGCAGGAGGGUGAGCGCAACGUCCUCAUCUUCGAUCUUGGUGGUGGUACCUUCGAUGUGUCUCUCCUGACCAUCGAGGAGGGUAUCUUCGAGGUCAAGUCCACUGCUGGUGACACUCACCUUGGUGGUGAGGACUUCGACAACCGUCUCGUCAACCACUUCGUCAACGAGUUCAAGCGCAAGCACAAGAAGGACUUGACCACCAACGCCCGUGCUCUCCGUCGUCUCCGCACCGCUUGCGAGCGUGCCAAGCGUACCCUCUCUUCCGCUGCCCAGACCUCCAUCGAGAUCGACUCUCUCUUCGAGGGUGUUGACUUCUACACCUCCAUCACCCGUGCUCGCUUCGAGGAGCUCUGCCAGGACCUCUUCCGCUCCACCAUGGAGCCCGUUGAGCGUGUCAUCCGUGAUGCCAAGAUCGACAAGUCCUCCGUCCACGAGAUCGUCCUGGUCGGUGGUUCUACCCGUAUCCCCAAGAUCCAGAAGCUUGUCUCCGACUUCUUCAACAAGGACCCCAACAAGUCCAUCAACCCCGAUGAGGCCGUUGCCUACGGUGCCGCCGUCCAGGCCGCUAUCCUGUCCGGUGACACUUCCUCCAAGUCCACCAACGAGAUCCUGCUUCUCGAUGUUGCCCCUCUCUCCCUCGGUAUUGAGACUGCCGGUGGUGUCAUGACUGCCCUUAUCAAGCGCAACACCACCAUCCCCACCAAGAAGUCCGAGACUUUCUCCACCUACUCCGACAACCAGCCCGGUGUCCUGAUCCAGGUCUUCGAGGGUGAGCGUGCUCGCACCAAGGACAACAACUUGCUCGGAAAGUUCGAGCUCACUGGUAUCCCCCCUGCCCCCCGUGGUGUUCCCCAGAUUGAGGUCACCUUCGACCUUGACGCCAACGGAAUCAUGAACGUCUCCGCCGUCGAGAAGGGUACCGGCAAGUCCCACCAGAUCACCAUCACCAACGACAAGGGUCGUCUGUCCAAGGAGGAGAUCGAGCGCAUGCUUGCUGAGGCCGAGAAGUACAAGGCCGAGGAUGAGGCUGAGUCUGGACGUAUCCAGGCCAAGAACGGUCUCGAGUCCUACGCUUACUCCCUCAAGAACACUCUCUCCGAGGGUAAGCUCCAGAUCUCCGAGGAUGACAAGAAGAAGGUCGAGGACAAGAUCUCCGAGGUCAUCUCCUGGUUGGACGCCAACCAGACUGCCGAGAAGGACGAGUACGAGUCCCAGCAGAAGGAGCUUGAGGGUGUUGCCAACCCCAUCAUCUCCGCUGCCUACGGUGGUGCUGCCGGUGCCCCCGGUGCCGGUGGUGCCCGCCAGCCCGAUGAUGUUGAGGAGAAGCCCGAGGAGCUCGACUAA